GUGCAGCUGCUAUAAGUUCUCACCAUGAACAAGAAGGCUUUUUUGGCAUUUUUAUUCAGCAUCCUUCAAGGUAUUUCUGCAGCUCCGGAGGUUACUAUGCCUAGAAAUGUGACACUUCCUGAAAAUUCCCCUCAAAAUAAGUUGGUUGCAAUAAUAAAAGCAACAGAUCCAUCUGAUUCUAUUGUCGGAGGUCCAUAUAUCGUAAAUUGUAAUCCGGUGGUUCACCCAUUCAUGAUUAUACCAAAAGGAUCAGAUACCUGGGAGUUAAUAACCACCAGCUCUCCCAAGUUGAACUUUGAGAAGUACCCACUCUACACCCUUCAAAUUAUUGUGGAAAACAGCCAAGGGAUUUUAUCUACAAACACCUUGAUCAUCGAGAUUACCAAAGUGAAUAAAGCACCCAAUUUCACUGGAACACUGGCUGCAAAAGAUGCGGAGGUGUACAUUGCAGAAAACACUCCUCUUUCCACGGUAAUUUACAAAGUGUCAGCUAAGGAUCCAGAUAAUGAUAUUUUGCAGUACACUAUCACAAUUACACCUGGGAAUUCCGGAUUUAAAAUUGAUAACACUGGGACAAUCUCAACCACCACAAUGUUUGAUUAUGAAAGCAGUGCAAAAAGCUAUACAAUAACUGUAACCAUAAGUGAUGGUGUUCUUUCAAAAUCCGGGGAUAUAAAGGUUGGCAUCACUAAUGUAAAUGAUAAUGAUCCAUCAUUGACAUGCAUCUUUUCUAGUAUAACCAGCGGUAGCAUUAUCACGAAGACAGAAACAUCUGGAAACACUGUGAAUAUCAGACUGGAUGAGGAGCUUCCAAUUGGUACAGUCAUAACUACAUGCUCCGCGUCCGAUGCAGAUGCUAUGAAUGAUCUAACCUUUCUACUGGAUCCCGGGAGUAAUUAUUUCUCAGUUCAUAAAGACACUGGAACAGUGAUUAUCGUUUCCAGAAUGGACAGUGAAGCCACUGGGUUUGUCAGUGUUCAGUCUUUUACUAUCAAAGUGUGUGACAGUGGUUUGAAAUGUGCGCCAAUUGCAGCUACAGCCACAGUUGUCCCAAUAAAUGACAACCCUCCAUUUUGUGAUCCAUUCAUGUACAGUGUCGGCAUACCAGAACCCAUUCCAAAGGACACUAUUGCUGCUGUUUUAAAGUGCCAUGAUGCUGAUAUACCUCCAGAUGUGUUGGAUUAUCAGCCCAGCAGUGGCCCUAUUGGCAUAGAUGCAUUGUUUGUGCAAAAGGCAGGCAAUCCACAUAUUAUACAGGUAAAUAAAGAGUUGGACUAUGAUACAGAUGCAGUCACUUCCUAUGAAAUGAUGGUAACAGUCUCAGAUUCACCUAAAUUGACACAUACAGUAACCACUACUAUAAUAGUAUCUGUGACUCCAGUAAAUGAUUUCAACCCAGUGUUUGAUUCUGCUACAUACACUUUUACAGUGCAUGAAACUUCAGGAGUUAACUAUGAUAUCGGAGGAGUGAGUGCCACAGAUAAAGAUCAUCCAAGCUGUGUCAGAUAUGGCAUAGUUAAUGGCAACAGAGAUGUCAUCAGUAGAUUCUGGUUAAAUCCAAUAACUGGAAGAAUAAAACUAAUAACGCAUCCAGAUUUUGAAACCCGCACCUCCUACAAUUUAACCAUCGAGGCAACAGACUGUGACCCAGUGAAUCCUCAAAAAGCUCAAUCCACAGUCAUAAUUAUUAUUAUAGAGGAGAAUGAUGAGGCCCCGAUAUGCAAGCCAUCAAGAUACACAGCUGUCAUCUACGACAAUGUGACAUCGGGACUCAACAUUAACAACUUUAGACUCAACUGCAAUGAUGACGACUCCAGUGAUGCAUCAAUGCGGUUUGAAAUAGUUUCAGGUAAUAUAAACAACCACUUUGCAUUUGACCCCACUCAUGGAUCACACAAUCCUAAAUUAAUUGUGAAAAACCCUUUUGAUUUUGAUAAUGGAGCAGACAUGCAGCAGAAAUACAAUCUCCUUGUUAAUAUUAUCGACGACAACGUUAAAAAUAGAACGGAAGACAAUCCAAGAACGGGUACAGUUUUGAUAUAUGUAACUGUUGUUCGAACCAAUACUCCUGCUCCUCCCACAACUGAUUAUUAUCAAAGAAAAGGACUAACCAUAGUUUAUAAAGAAGUGAACACGUUUGACUCCAGUGCUUGGUAUGUCCCUUUUAUCUACACCAUCAUGGCCCUGUUACUUGCUGGUUUGACUGCCUGGGCCUUACACCUUUUAUGGAAAUAUGCCAAUCUCAAAGCGCUUUGUCAAAAAGCAAGACGUAGAUUUCCCCAUAAAAGAGUGAAGACGUAUCUUCAAGGUACUAAAAAAGAGGACGUGGAAGUGAUUACAGAAACUAUCACAUACGAGGCUGUGUUCGAUGGGCAAACAGUGGAUCCAGUUACAGGACAAAUGUAUGAAUAUAACACCAAGUCAGGGGCACGCCGGUGGAAGAACGUCCAAGGCAAAGAAGAGAACAUAAACCUUUCAGAUAUUUCUGCCAUUUCCGAAGCAAUUAUCCCACAAACUCCACCUGCCCCAUUAAUGCCACCAAUCAAAGAAUUCUGAGAAAAUACACAGCAAAUGCAUUCUUUUGUGACUUUAAUCUCUGAUUUAUGUAAAUCAACAUGUAAAACUGUGUGCCUUUGUCGGAAUAUCACUCUCCCAAUUCUCUUAUAGUCAUGAGCUGGUAGAAAAUUAUGGGAGUUGAAUUCCUGGGGUGCUGCAUUUAGGCACAUCAGCUAUAAACUUAAACUGAUCUUCUUUUGUAUAUCCCUGUGUGAAUAUUGAGUAUGAUCAUAAUAAAUAAACUGCUC